AUGGUUAAAGUGCUGUUUUACGGAAAACUGGCGCAGCCUGUUGAAGAAUUCGAUUGUGCUGCCUUGAUUGUCCUUCUUCUGAUGGUCAUGUCGCGACUGCACAAACUAAAAACCGGUUCGGGACUGUUAGUCACGCACGCAUUAUUAACCGACCUGAGCUUUUGCCUCGUUCUUAAUCCCGUCAUUAACAUCCCGAUUUAUUUGACGCAAAUGCGCAUACCGAUGACGUACCAUUGCAUUCUACCAGAUUUCCUGCUCCCGUUUCAUAUCUACCUGGGAAACUGGACGGCCGUGGCGCUGGCCGUUAAUCGGGUCAUCGCCAUUGUUUUCCCGCAUCUGUAUCCACACGUUUCAUCGCAGCGCUUUUCCGUCGGCGUAUUGCUUGUGGUGUGGAGUAUUGCUAUGAGCUGCACCGUUCCGAUUUUCGCCGUUCCCGGGAUGCUGCACGGACAACUGCCGUCCGGUGCCUGUGGACUGUUGCGUCUGCAAGGCGUGACCUUUACGGUGGUGGGAGCCAUUGGCAGCUACCUGCCCAUUAUUUUAUUGGGCAUCAUCUACAUCGGGCUUUUUAUCUAUGCACGUGUGACAAAGACCCAUUAUCGUCGUAAUUCCGCGGAUCGACAGCGCACUAUCUGGCAAAAGCGGCUAGCCAUUGCUAAAGCCCUCUUUUUGUGUUUCGCGUGGUAUACGGUGUGCACACUGCCGCCCUCCGUGUUGGCCAUAUUUUACGGGUUUUGGUGGAAUAAGGAAGUCCGACUGCUGCUGUUUACGCGGGGAGCGCAAAUCAUCGGUUACUCUGCAAGUCCAGUUUUUUUCUUCGCCAUGAAUGCAGAUUAUCGGGCGGCGCUGAAGAACUAUUUAUGUAUUCAUAAACCGCAUGGAGGAAAAGUCCGAGCAGUCAACAGCAGCACAAAGGCUCACCAAAGUUUCAAGCCCUACUCCCUGGGAGGCGUAAUAUAA